AAAGGAAAUUAAAUGGAUAAUAAUUACAUAAUGCUUGUUUUAUUGCCAAAUGUCUUCCUACUUGCCUACUGGUCGCCUAUGGCCACUGCCUCCACCACGACCGAUUCAUUUUGCGGUCAGACCCCAUACCCCGACCUGUGCCACCCCUUGACCGAGGUCUUGUCCCUAGAUCAUGCCGCAUUCCGUGGGGUUGCCAUGGAAGCCACCCUUCAAAGGGCUAAACAGGCUCAUAGCCUCAUCUCCAGCAUGGACCUUACCUCCUUGAAUGAGCCUCAAGCAAAGCUGGCAUGGUUGGAUUGCAUGGACCUUUAUGAGGAUACGGUCGUCCUUGUGAACCAAACCCUCCAUUCCACCAACCCCAUCGAUGCACAAACAUGGCUUAGCGCUGCCAUCACCAACUAUCAUACUUGUAAAAAUGGAUUUUAUGAUUUCCAGCUCUCCGCUCACUUGGAAUCAUUCCCCGUCCUCUUUCUCGCUGACUUGUCAAAAUUUCUUAGCAACGCUCUCGCAAUAAAUAAAAAUGAUAUUAAUAAAGCAACCAAAGGAUCAGGAGGGCGCAGGCGUCUGUUAUGGAGGAGGAGGACUGAUGGCUUCCCAGAGUGGCUUGGACGGGCCGACCGAAGGCUCCUCCAAUCAUCUACGACGGCAUCAAAUGCAGAUAUUGUGGUGGCAAAGGAUGGCUCCGGCAACUAUGAGACGAUCGCGGCAGCAGUGGCGGCAGCUGCUAGUAAAGGAGGUGGCCAGAGGGUUGUGAUCCACGUGAAGGCCGGAGUUUACAAGGAGAAUGUCCAGGUUAAACGGUCAAUGAAGAAAUUGAUGUUCGUCGGAGAUGGAAUUGGUGUUACCGUUGUCACCGGAAGCAAGAGCAACGGAGAUGGUUCCACCACCUACGCCUCUGCUACUGUUGGGAUAAUGGGAAAUGAGUUUAUUGCUCGGGAUAUGACUUUUGAGAAUACAGCGGGACCACAAAAGCACCAAGCAGUUGCCCUGCGUUCAGGCUCAGACCAUUCUGUAUUUUAUAGUUGUGAAUUCAAAGGAUAUCAAGACACCCUAUAUGUUUAUGCCCAACGCCAAUUCUACCGUGACUGCGAUAUACACGGGACGGUUGAUUUCAUAUUCGGGGACGCAUCCGUUGUACUUCAAAACUGUAACAUAUACGUGAGGAAGCCCAUGGGCAAUCAGCAGAAUAGCGUGACUGCCCAGGGAAGGACCGACCCAAAUCAGAACACUGGAAUCGUGAUUCAUAACUCACGUAUAACUGCAUCAUCGGACCUAAGGCCCGUUCAAGGCUCGAUCAAGACCUAUUUGGGCAGACCAUGGCAGAAAUACUCGAGGACAAUUAUCAUGAAAUGUGCAAUUGAUGGUGUAAUCAGCCCGGCCGGUUGGUCUCCUUGGUCUGGGAGCUUUGCUUUGAGCACUUUGUACUAUGCAGAGUAUUCGAAUACAGGGGCUGGAGCAAGUACGGGUGGGAGGGUCAAAUGGCCCGGAUUUCAUGUCAUUUCGGAUCCGUCUGAUGUUGCAAAAUUUACUGUGGGAAAUUUCCUCGACGGAAGUAGUUGGAUUCCGGGCACUGGAGUACCUUUCACUUCUGGGAUUUGAAUUCGUGGAAUUCCUUCCUUUCAUGAAUGUCAUCGGUAGGUAUGGCGUCAUUGUUGUAGAUGGAUUGAAAAGAUAGGACAGAAAGUGAUUUGCAAUGUAAAUGUACAAGUCGUACUCAGAUUUGUCAAUGUACUGGCGUAGGCUUGCGCUUGCACAGAAUAACCUGCGCCGUAAUUACUA